AUGUCGAGUCAGGAGCGCAACCAGGAGCAUGCCACGAACUGGAUCGUCAUGAAGCAGGACCGCCGACAAAGACUCUAUGGCCCUUUCAGCAACGCAGAGGAGCAUCGAAACAGUGAGGCGAAGAUUUUUGCCAAUACAAUACUAGGAGAGUAUUUCGACCCUAUACCCCAGGUUGCGAAACCCCGGUUGGAAAGUCAGAUGGUCGACGCUGUGAAUGAUCUGUUUCAAAUGGCGGGAGACCCCGACUUCGAACGGCCAUUUCCGAAAUUGCUACCUGAUUCUACUCCGGAUGACAUCGUAUUCACAGAGCAGAAAAUCACUCUCAACCAAGGAUUCCAGAAGGAUGCCGCGGUAGCCAUUAAGAAGCUCGCGGCAGGCGAGGAUAUGGACGAAUACCGGCCUCCAAAAGAACCAAAGGCUACAUACGGAGAUGGAUUGAGGAUCUUCUACGUCAGCGUCAGAAAAGCCGAAAUGCGAUGGCUUGAUAUCGAGCUUGACGAAGACAUUGCGAAAAAUCCAACCAAAUUCUCAUCUUUUCCAUUUAUAAUGGGCGCGAAGGCGGCCCCCAGUAAAAGAUAUCUUUUGAAGGACUCGAAUUGGCGCUUUGACAAGUAUUUCGAACAAGGCUCAUUUCCCUACGAAAUAGAGGGCGGCGUCCAAGUCUUCGUAGACAAAGACAAGGCUAUAGAGUAUGCAGAGGCGGAGGCGGGAAAGAAUGCAAUUCUGAAUGUGGAAUCUCCGAGAAGCCUGGCCGAGGAACGAGUCGUAUAUGAGGUACCAUCUGAAGACGAGACUGCGGGGCCCUUACGAGGCCUGCCCAAGCAUUUCAUGCUUUACGCAGUCACCACUGCUCGUAUUAACAAAACUGGAAGAGUUCCGGAAUGGUGUGCGCUCUAG